ACAUGCCAAAUCGAAAAGGGGGGUGGUCCGGGGAAAGGUAGGAAAAUGCCCAUCCCAGUCCCUCUCCUCGGAUUUUCCAUCUCAAGAGGCACAAACAAGGGCAAGCUCAGCACCCAGUAGCUCCACGCCGUACUCUCCCACUGAGAGGAGCUCAGCCCCAAGCCCCGGAGGCCCCAGCCGGCAGCCUCUGGAGGAGCCCCCGCAGUCGCCAUACUAAAAGUCAAAAUGGCUGCCCCAAGGAAGCCCGCACCACGCAGCUAGGGAGGGCUGGGGAACAAGCUUCUGCGGAAAAGGGGGAGGGGGACUCUCGGAAGAGCUGUCCAGAGCUGCGGCCCGGACCACCGCCCCCCGAGACGCACAGGUUCUAGUUACAGCGAACCUUUGCCAUAACUUCUGAAUUCUAUUUGGGAAAAUACUGGCCAGGAAAAAAAAAUGAUAAAGUUUUUCCUCAUGGUGAAUAAACAAGGGCAAACUCGACUUUCUAAGUAUUAUGAGCAUGUAGAGAUUAAUAAGCGUACCCUUCUUGAAACUGAAGUCAUCAAGAGCUGUCUCUCUCGAUCCAAUGAACAAUGCUCUUUCAUUGAAUACAAGGACUUUAAGCUGAUCUAUCGGCAGUAUGCAGCUCUCUUCAUUGUGGUUGGAGUUAAUGACACUGAGAAUGAGAUGGCAAUUUAUGAAUUCAUCCAUAACUUUGUGGAAGUUUUAGACGACUACUUCAGCCACGUGAGUGAAUUAGAUAUAAUGUUUAAUUUGGAUAAAGUACAUAUCAUUUUGGAUGAGAUGGUGUUAAAUGGCUGCAUUGUGGAAACAAAUCGGGCAAGGAUUCUUGCCCCUCUACUAAUUCUUGACAAGAUGACAGAAAGCUGAACCAUGGAAGGCUCUGCCGAACAACAUUGACCUGAAGGACAUGAGAACACCAUGGGGAUACCUCUCGAUGUCUGCAGCACAAAGGAAUCUGGAAAAGCACACAUUAUAAAAUAAAACAUCCUUCCAAAGACAUUUUAAAUAGGUGUUUUCACAGUUCCUAAAUGAAAAACAAAGCUGUAUCUUAAAAUGUCAUGUAGCAAAGAAAAACUUUCUUUAAACUGAGUUGUUUUAUUUUCUAAACAAAUGCAUUUUUUCCCCUCUUGUUUAAAUUAAAGGAAACUUCUUUAGUUCUUUGCUUCCCUGUACAAAUUAAAUUCAGGAAUAGCAGCAUGGAAAAAAGUGUGACAGCUCUCAAUCAGCCAAUAAAAUUUUUAAAUUGACUUCAACACA